UUUGUUUUAGUAGCAAUAUUAUUAUUACAGACUAAAAUUCCAUGAUUAGUUAACAAGAUCUAAACAAAGUUCACUUCUGUCAGAAUUUUAUUGCCUGCUAAUACAGCCGCUACUGUUUACUGCUCCACCAACAAGUCGGUGAAGUUGACUUCUCAGGUCCACACGCACCCACGGCGCAUGUUAGCAGCUAGCCAAGAUCCACAAGACUCCGAUAGCUCCGGAGUUGCCCGUGCGCUAAACCAACGGUUGUCGACGAAUUUUAACAAUCAUUAAAUGCGACCCAUGAUUUCCCCAUUAAGCCGAAAGGAAGAAUUCGAGAAGACCCACUGAGUAAUUUCUGCCAAGCCUCCAAUAAAAACAGCUAAAGAAUGGUUAAUAAUGGCAUGGCGACUAUUACAUCUGAUAUCGGUGAUCCAGACGACAUGCAAAAGUUCUUGCACACCUCUGAGGGUGAUGACGGGGCAUUGCAGAAUGCCAUGAAAGUGUUGUCUGAAGUUGAUACGAACUUAGCACACUCUUCUGAGAAGUUAGCAAACCUGGAGAAUCUUCUACUGCAUGUUUUAGCUGUGGAAAAUGAUAUCGAAGCUAUCAAUUUCGGGGAUGAUAACAUCUCUGCAGAAUUUGUUGAAAAGGCUUUCACGUUUGAUCUGCUUUAUGCCAUACUGAAUUUUGAGCUGAGAGGGCUGGAUAAUCUAAUGGCCGGUCUUCAAGAUCUCACCGUUGAUGCCCUUAAUAAGAUGUCUUCUAGCGAACAUUCAACGGAAGUGGCAGGAAAAUUGCACGAUUCUGAGAAUGUACUAAAACGGUCACAUGAUCAAAUUCUGGGGAUCAAGAUACAAUUAGCUAAGCUGCAGAUGACAUCCUUCAUUUUCAAGAAAAGCGAAUAUAAGCAUGACUGGGAUUUGGGUGUCAAGGAAGAACUUCAUCUAGCAACGGCCGAAUGGAAGCCUCAAAUGCGGAUUGUUGAACAACGACGCGUUCUCAGAAUGCUGGAAAUCUCUCUUGCGAGAGAGGUGGAACUCGAAAAGAAGUUGAUGGAGGUUAGACAAAAUGAAGAAGAUUUUAAGUCAAAAAUAUGCUUAAGGGAGCAAGUUGCAGUCGGCAUGGAAGAGGCAGCAGAGGCCGCUUGGGGUAGCUUCUUGGAGGCGGAUAACAGAGCUGAAGUGCUGAUGGGAAUUUCAAAAGAAAUGAUGUUGAAACUUCAAUUUGUCAAUCCCAAUGUUACUAACGCAAGCAAGAGGGAAGAAGAACUGAAAUCGAAGCUGCAAGACUGCGUUAAGCAGUUAAACGAAAAGGGGGCUUUGAUUCAGAAGCUAACUUGCAGCAAUGCUCAGCUUGUAGCAGACAAUGCCCAAGUGACAGCUCUAACAGAAAGAGUUCAAACGCUAGAAGAAAGGCUUAGCCAAACUGAAUCCCGACUCACAGAAGCUAACGCUUCCAGCGAAAGGAUUCAGAAGGAACUCAAACUAAGGGAUGAUGAAAUCGAGUCUUUAAGGGAGAACGUAUAUGCUGCAGAAAGUAGGGCAGGAAGUGCAGAGGAAAAAGUUUCACAAUUAACAGACUCAAAUCUGGAGUUGACAGAAGAGCUUGACUUUCUCAAAGGUAGCAACGAUAGCAACACGAAGAAGAUUAGCUUACUUGAGAAGCAGUUAAGGGAUUUAGAUAUCCAACUGCAACAUGCGAGGGCAUCCUCGGAAGCAAGCCAAGAACAGCAGAACAUGUUAUAUACUGCUAUCUGGGACAUGGAAACAUUAAUCGACGAGCUGAAACAAAAGGUUGCUGAAGCUGAAAGUAAGACUGAGAUUGCUGAGGAGCAACAUGUUAUACUGUCUGAAACGAAUUCGGACCUGAACAAAGAACUAGAUUUUCUACGAUCUAAAUUGGGAUUCACUGAGGCAUCUUUGGACAAGGCUACUCUUCAGAAAAGAUCGAACGCAAAAGACAUCAGCAUUAAAAGCAGUCUUAUUAUGGAUAUGGUUAUGCAGAUAGCGGUAGAGAGGGAACGUAUACAGAAACAGUUGGCCUCUUUGACGAAGGAAAACAAAUUGUUGAGAGAAACACUACAGAAUCAAGCGAAGGCCGUGCCUGUAAUUAUGCAAGACGACAAAAGUUAUGAUGAUCGAGAAUCACUGUCAUCGGGGCUUGAUUCAGCUAAUGCAGAAUCUGUAGAGAAUUCUCCAGCUAAGGCCACAGAGACCAUGCCAGAAAUUUUUGAGGCGGAGAAAGCGCACAUGGAUUCUUCCCCGGAUGAGAAUGGGACGGGGUGGUCAUGUUCCGGUAAUGUGAGCACAAAUUCAGUUCCGGAUGUGGAGGCUGAGAGCUUGGUACGGAAACGUAAAUCUGGAAAAGUGUAUGUAGUCUUGGCGAUUCUUGUUCUGUUGGUACCCAUUUCAGCAGCACUUUUGCUCCGUGAAAGACUUGCCACCUCCAGACCUUUUGACAGUCGAUUCUUCGAGCUCUAGCUCUAGGACGACGCGCUCGGGUGCUCGGAGUCGGACUCCUUGGAUCCAUAUCAUGCAGGCAUAAGUGUGGUGUUUCUCUUCAUGUAAAUUAUGAAUACCAGAAGUGAGUGUGAAUAUGCAAAACUAAUUCUAGGCUCAAUCGAUGGCAAUUCUUUCAUUGUAUUUCCAUAGGUAGGAUCAAACUGAUUUUGUUUUUUCUUGGUAAUGUAACAUAUGUAUUUGUGCA